CUCUAAGACCAUUUUGUAACUUUGUGGUUGGUUCUAAUAAUAAACAUUUUAUGGCUAUUAUUUUGAGAUUUUCAUAAUGCUAGAUAAACAAAUGUUUGAACAUUUAUGAGUGCUCAAGGCCCAUCAAGGGGAUCUGAUUAGAAACAUGUAUGGGAGUUUGUACUUUCCUUGUCAUGACAGGCCACAAACUUGUUAAAAUAAAAAAGGUAUUUAAGUAAACAAGCAAUAUCAUAUUUCUGGUCAUCAGCACUUCCAAGCUAAUGUGUGGAUAACCACUAAAUUACAUUUCUGCUCGUUUGAAAGACUGUUAUUCCACUGUAAAUCUGAAAUUAAUUUGGCUUUUGGAAAGAUAUUUUGGAUAUUUUCUGCUGUCCCUGACAGAAGUAAUUUAGAAUUACAGCCAAACAUUGAAAAAAUGUCAUGUUGUGUAUGAACAAUAUUCAGUAGUCCUAGACUCCUUAUUUAGGGAUUAAUUCAGAGUGUAUCCUGCCUGAUAAGGUUAAUUGACAACAGUGUUGAACGAUUUUAAGCAAUGCUUGCCAAAUGUACACAGGUGUUACUAAACCUAGCAGUCAAUUAUAUGAAAAUCCCUUUGCUGAUUACUAAUGUAUGAGGAAUAGAAAAGGACAGAAAUGCUUCAUUUCUGAAUUUUGAGAAAUUAAACCUAAGCUAAGGGAAUGUAAUCAAACUGUUGAGAAAUUGUCACAGACUUACAAAGGAAAGCUUCCACCAUUAACUUUCUGGGUAUAGCCUCUCGGUAAAAUUGAAAUAAUUUAUACUUCUUUUGUGAUCUUCAACAGCUUUUUAUGAAGAUUAUAGAUUGUAAACUAUUCAGCUUUACAUAAGACAACGCCUUGGAUAUGCUGGCUUUCUGAUUGGCUGCUGUAAAUAAGCAUCAUGAUAGGAUAGCGGCAGGACUUGAACAGCAACUUAGGUUAAUGGAAAACUUUGCUACCAUUCCAAAGACAGACAGUGCAUAAGUACAAUUCAAGUUUAACUAGAAGUUUUUAUGAAAACUAAACUUUGGGUGGACCUACAGAGAUGAAAAUUGAUAUUCAUAGUCACAUUCUGCCUAAGGAAUGGCCUGAUCUAAAACAGAAAUAUGGCUAUGGAGGAUGGGUCCAACUGGAGCAGCAUUGUAAGGGAGAGGCUAAAAUGAUAAAAGAUGGAAAAGUUUUCAGAGUCAUUCAAGAGAACUGCUGGGAUCCAGAAGUUCGGAUUCAACAGAUGAACAAAUCAGGAGUCACUGCCCAAGUUCUGUCUACAGUUCCAGUCAUGUUUAACUAUUGGGCCAAGCCACAAGACACCCUAGAUCUCUGCCAGUUAUUAAAUAAUGAUUUGGCUGCUACAAUAAAGAAGUACCCAAAGAGGUUCAUUGGCUUAGGCACACUUCCUAUGCAAGCACCAGAUCUGGCUGUGAAAGAAAUGCAUCGCUGUGUGAAGGAACUUGGAUUUCCUGGUGUGCAAAUAGGAUCCCAUGUCAACAACUGGGAUUUGAAUGACCCAGAACUCUUUCCACUCUAUUCAGCAGCUGAACACUUAAACUGCUGCAUUUUUGUACAUCCCUGGGACAUGCAGACAGAUGGACGGAUGUCUAAAUAUUGGCUUCCCUGGCUUGUAGGCAUGCCUUCGGAAACAACCAUUGCCAUUUGCUCUAUGAUUAUGGGAGGGAUUUUUGAAAGUUUCCCCAAACUGAGAGUUUGCUUUGCCCAUGGUGGUGGUUCUUUUCCUUUCACAGUAGGGCGCAUUUCCCAUGGAUUCAAAGUGCGACCUGACUUGUGUGCCUUGGAUAAUAAAGUUGAUCCAAAGAAAUACCUUGGUUCAUUCUACACUGAUUCACUUGUCCAUGAUCCACAUGCCCUGAAACUUCUCAUAGAUGUCAUAGGAAAGGACAAGGUAAUGCUGGGAACAGAUUACCCUUUCCCACUAGGGGAAAAAGAACCUGGAAAAUUGAUCGACUCCAUGGAGGAGUUUGAAGAGGAUCUAAAGGAUAAGCUGAAGUUUGACAACGCUCUCAAAUUUUUGAAUCUUGACAGAAAACAGUUUGAAUUCCAUUAAAAGUGCUACAACAUAUAUCAACAAUGCUAGGGGUUUUUUUAUGUACAACCACACUUCUAUAUGCUUCUGUGGUUUUGGACUGACUGCAUAAAUGUCCAUGAUUCCUUGUUAUAUACAGAAUGGAAUAUUUCACUUCUUUCAUUUAAAAAGAGAGCCACAGUUUUGUAAUCUGUGUGUUGAAACUGAAUACACUUUCAAAAAUAGGGCAGUUCUUUCCUUUACCAAGUUUACACUGAUGGAUAGAGGUUUCACGACUGUUCAUGCACACAGGAUGCACAAGAGGGUAGCUGAAUGCAUUUUUCCCAAUCCAGUAUCUCAUAUGUCAAGCCUAACAUGACAUGGAUGAUGUGAUCCUUCUUCUUAUACAGGCAUUCAGCAGUUGCUCACUAGGCAUUCACAUUCUACUCCUCACUCAAAGUGUGUGGGAGGGAGAGGACAGUAUGACCAACACAAAUCUGGAUCUGAUCCUCCUAAAUCCAAUUUCCAAGAAAUAACCCUUCUGAAUCAACCCAACAACUUAUUGAAACCUUGAGUAUCAGCAUGUCCAAAAAGUCCUUUCUCCAUUUCAGUUAUUGUGUAUUAACCACGCCCAUUAUAGCUCCCAUUUCCCUUCAGUAACAACACCAAAACAUCUGCCCUAGGCAAACUAGUAGAAAGUGCAAUCAAAGACAAAAUUAUUCAGCAUACAGAAGAACAAAGCCUGCUGAAGGAAAAUUAUCGUGGGUUCUGCAAAUGGAAGUCCUGCUGACUAACAUUUUGGAGCUCUUUGAGAAAGUGAACAAACAUGUAGAUAAUGGUGACCCAGGGAACAUUAUAUACUUGGACUUUCAAAAACCUUUUGAUAUGGUACUUCACCAAAGUCUCCUGAGUAGAAUCAUAGAAUGACCGAGUUGGAAGAGACCAUAAGGGCCAUCAAGUCCAAUCCCCUGUCAUGCAGGAAUACACAAAGCACGCUUGGCAGAUGCCAUCCAGCCUCUGUUUAAAA